CGACGGGACGCGCGCCUCGGACCGCGAGCCUGCUGCUGAUUUUCCGUUUGAGCAAAAAAAUGUAUUAGUGGCGCCAUAGCGGUAGUGGUUUCUGGGUCAUGUUAGAGAAAGACCUUUGCUUUCUCAUUCCGGAUUAGCCCUGCAUCCGGAAUCGCAUGCAUUUUGAAGGUUUUCGUUUUUCAGUUUCGUCGUGUGCAGUUAACUGUGGCGCGGAUGCAUCGCGUUCUGAUCACGAGAGGCAGUAACGGACGCGUUACAUGAACGCUAUGCGUGUAUUUAUAGUGCCUCGACUCCGAUUGCCAAAUGGUGAUUGGGGAGUUGGGCUAAAAUCCGCGGAUCGGUUCGUUUCUUUUGAACAAUUAAUUUCGAAGAACUGGUGUUACGUAUGUUACGUAAUUACGUCAUCCCCGUUGUUCCUUCAAACCAUAAAGCUUUACAAUAAAGCUACAUCUAGCCUAACCUGUAUCGAUCAGUGAUUGAGGAUGUCAUCGGUGAAGUCCGAGAGCUUUUCCUGGACGAGGGAGUGGAUGAACAGGUGCUGAUGGAGCUGAAAACGCUGUGGGAGAAUAAGCUGAUGCAGUCCAAGGCGGUGGAGGGUUUUCAUACGGAUGAGCAGAAGGCUCUGCAAGCUCAACAGCAGCAAGCCCAACAAGUUCAGCAGACGCAAACACAGACCCAACCGCAGCAAAUCCUCCUGCCUUCAGCCCAGCAGCCUACUCAGCAGCAGGUCAUUGUUCAGGAUUCUAAGAUUCUCCACCACAUGAGCGCUACUGGCAUGAGUGCAGCAGCCACAGCAGCAACUUUGGCUUUACCCGCCGGUGUAGCACCAUUUCAGCAACUUAUCACCCCUCAAGGUCAGAUCCUGCAGGUGGUCAGAGCUGCCAAUGGAGCUCAAUACUUCAUUCAGCCACAGCAGCAAAUGGUGUUGCAGCAGCAGGUCCUGCCACACAUGCAGCCUGGAGGCGUGCAGGUGUUGACUCCACUUCAGGGAGGCCUUUCCCAGCAGACAGGAGUCAUCAUCCAGCCGCAGCAGAUUGUCCUCACAGGAAAUAAAGUACCGCAGAACACUCAGGUCAUGCAGGCAACAGCGAUGACUGUGCAGCCAGAACAGGGAGCUGCGCAUGUGCAGGCUCAACCACAGCCUCAGCCUCAAGCACAGGCACCACAACAACAGCCACAACAACAGCCACAGCAGCAACAGGCCUCGCAGCAACCUCCCAUGGUGCUCCAGGUGGACGGUGCAGGAGACACGUCCUCAGAGGAGGAUGAAGAGGAGGACGAGUAUGAUGAGGACGAGGAUGAAGACAAAGAGAAAGACGGUGGAGAGGAUGGCCAGGUGGAGGAGGAGCCGUUAAACAGUGGCGAUGACGUCAGUGAUGAGGAAGAUCAGGAGCUGUUUGACACUGAGAACGUGGUGGUUUGCCAGUAUGACAAGAUUCACAGAAGUAAGAACAAAUGGAAAUUUCACCUGAAAGAUGGGAUAAUGAAUCUGAACGGGCGGGAUUACGUGUUCUCCAAAGCCAUUGGAGAUGCAGAGUGGUAAAUGGUGAACAAAACCCAAAACUGUCCACUCUUAAAGCAAGACACAUCAAGACCUGUAACUGUACAUUUCAGGAGAUUCCCAAUUUGGGGCUGAAGAGUAACGUCCCAGUGCUACUGUGCUGUUUGAGUGAUAUCGGCACAAAAAUAAUGUGUGCCAUCCAAGAGAUUUGUUUCUUUCCAUUUCCCCCUCCUUUUAAGAUGGCCCUUUUACCUGUAGAGUUCCACAGGAGUCCGUAACUGCUCUUUUAGAACAAUAUUCUUGCCCCUCAGAUGUAUGAAAAAAAUAUAUUAGGCGCAGGGAGCCAAUUUUAGUGCCUGGCGCUAACUUAAGUUGACUCUGGUGUGUUGAGAUGGCCUUUUUACUGCAACCGUGUGUGUGUUUGUUGGUGAUUUCCGUAGCUAGGUCAGCCAUCUGAAUCCUGUGUAAUGCGAAUCGUCCGACACGAGGACUUUCACGACCAUUUGCCACCUUAUACAAACACUAAAACAAGCAACCAAGAACUGUUCCAAUAAAUUCCUUUCAUAUUUGCUAUGUUUUUAGAACCUUUUAUGUUCAACAGCAGAGAUACCAAUGAAAACAGGCAAGUUAAGUGUAUCGUUGUCCAUCUCACUAAAUUGUUAACGUGGAUUUUUCUAACUGUACUCUAGCUUAAGAUCUGCUUUGUCAGUUUGAUGCAUGUUUUGAGCAGUGCAUCAUGGAGCUUGCGUCGUCCUGCGUGUGUUUGUGCAAUUAUUGCAUUAGGUAUCAAUGAAGUGCUCUGUCAGGCCACCCUUCAUACUUGCUGUCAGGCUUCUUUUACACAUUUCUAGUAGUUCGUAUUUAUUCCUGAAGAUCAGGCAGCGUCGAAUUUCGGGGGGAAGAAACCGAACUGUGCUCUUAAUGAUAGAAGUGCUCCUUUCAGAGGAGGAUUUCAACACCUGAUUCUGUGCAUUGUGGAGCUUUAUUUUAUUUUAUUUUUUAUAUUAAUUAGUCUGGCUUUUUAAGCAGGCCCUCAUACAGUCUGGGAAAUGACAGGUUGUUGUUCUGUGUCUGUAUGUCCAGCAGUUGAAAGUAUUGACAUGCCGUUUUAUUUUGUUCAUUCUAAGAUUGUUUGAUGAAAUGGCUAAGACUAGCGGUGGGGCCUUUUUUAUUUUAUUUUUUUUAUUUAUUUUUUUUAUUAGUGCAUUACGCUCCUUGUUUGUGCCUUUCAGAUUUAGUUUAGAUAUCAGGUCUUUUGUCUAAAGGGGAGAGCUUUUAACAAAUCCUACAAACUGUACAUUUCGCUUUGCUUUUCUAAUGGUAAGUAAAGAAUACUUCAGAACUACUGUCUGGGUUAUGUGAUUAUCAAUCAAACUGCUCUGUCUCUGAUUCUCAUCUCUAUGAAGGUUGUGUUAUGUAAGUAGAGAUGUUUAGGAAUUUGUUGAAACAUUGUUUUUUUUUUUUUUUUUUUCUUUGCUGAACUUUAUUAAAGCACUAUUAAAAUGGACUCUUACUCUUGAGCUACAUUUGGCCUUUGCAAUUUGUCUUCUGAUCAGUGCUGUCUUAAAUUUCAGUGAAAUUAAUGUAUUCAUAUGUAGAUUUUUUUUUUUUUUUUUUUUUUUUUUUAUUUUUAUGCAGGGGUGGAUGCUUAGUCAACAAAUUUUGAAAUUGACCUUACUAAAGAUCUAUUGUUAAUGAUUCAUUGCUGCACGCUGAAUGUCUUGUAUGUUUUUCGUACAAAUCUCAUAAAUUGUUCUGCCUAUGAAACUA